AAAUUAACCCAGCAAUCAAAGAAAAUAUGAAGAACAUCUUCAGUGUUCCAGACUGGCUCCAUGAUUUAAAUGGAGAUCCUCAGAAUCCUUUCAGCUUCCAUGAGAAUGAAGCCCUUUGAGAACUUGACACUCUCAGAGACAGUUUCAUGGUUCAAGCUAGAAGGGAGUCAUUCGAAAACCUUGACUACAUGUGCUAUGAUAAGAGCUUACCUCAAAUUCCAGACAGCGAUCAGUUCGAUGAUCGCUUCUUUAACGAAUCUGUUGGUACUCAACAAGUCAAAGAUGCAUAUGUAAUGAGUCAAGGAGUUUCGAUUUCUGAUGAUCAAGCCAAGUCGAAUGCUGUUUCAAAAGAUGCCUGAAUCGGACAAACCUCCACCUCAACGAAUUAUGAUAACUCUUCUGUUGUAUCCCAACCUUCUGAAGAAGAGAUCUCUGAGAGAGACCUUGAAGGUCUCGCAGAGACUCCUUCAAUCAGAACUUCUGAGGAGCGCACCAAGCAAGAGUUAGCUGUCGGAGCAGGCCCUAAGAAAGAAGCUGUCGAAAAAACUGAUGAAGAGAGCUUAAUCUUCCUCAUUAGAAAAGUCGACAGGAAGACGAAGAAGUCAAAACUUCUUACUAAGCACAGGAAAAGGAUUACUAAGUGAAUGUGCAAGAACUGCUACCACAACAAGGGAAAGAGAUCCAAGAAGGCAUCCAAAUGUCAGCAUUUGGACAGAGGCCAUUAUGCAAAAGGGCUCUGCAAGAACUGCUAUCUCCACUUCUUCCAUAUAAAGAAGAAGGCUAAGAGGAGAGAAGCUUCUUGCUCUGCCCAGUCAUCUAUAUAAACACCAAUUUAUCAAAUAGGCCUGUUGAAGGCCUUUCUGAGCCGGUUGGCUCACCAUAUAUCAAAACAAGUAUCAAACCAAAUAUCAAACCCUGCGGUUUAUACCAUUAAUAUCAAAUUCUUCUCUAAGAAGUUAUCAAAA